UGGUAAUUGGCGCCGCCCUCACGCAGUUUGCCCCCUAUGGCCGAGCGGAAGGUCACAGCGAAACGCGCAGUCACCGGCAAUGGGCCGGUGAUCGUGGUGGCUCCCGGCGUCACGGUUUCACGACUGCAUUUGUAACGCCGCAGCGGCGCUGGGCCCAAGACCGAGCACCGCCCGCCGGAUGGCCGCGCGCACAGCCCUACGGCGGCUGCGCAGCGCGGCCGGCGCCGGCGGCGCCGCUUUUUCGCCCGCGUGACGCUCCGCCGCCGGUUAGGGUCCGGACGCCAACCGCCCCACACACCCCACGCAACGCAGGUCAAGGGCGCCUGGUCCCCCGCCGAGGACGAGCUCCUGCUGCGCGCGAUCGAGGGCCACGGCACGCGCAAGUGGUCCGUCCUCGCGGCGCACCUGCCGGGCCGCACGGGCAAGCAGUGCCGGGAGCGGUGGCACAACCAGCUGAACCCCGACAUCAGCAAGCUGCCCUGGACGGCCGCCGAGGACAAGGUCAUCCUGCGGAGCUACGCGCGGUGCGGCGCGCGCUGGGCCGACAUCGCCCAGGCCCUGCCGGGGCGCACGGACAACGCCGUCAAGAACCGCUGGAACUGUUCGAUGCGGCGGAAGAUCGAGCAGUUCGUGUCUGAUGAGGCGGCCCAAGGCGCCACGGCCCCGGACGUGCCCGGCGCGUCGACGGCGGCCCUCCCGCUCCUAUUGGACGACGACCGCGUCGAUCGCGCCGUCGCGGUCAUCCGCAAGUCGGCGCCGCCCGCCCGGAGCAAGCGCGCCGCGCCGUCCUCGUCCGCGCCGCGGAAGCGGCCCGCGGCUUUACUCCGGCUCCAGUCCUGGCCGUCGACGGCGUCGGAUUCUACGGUAAUGGUCGAGGGCCACCAGCCCUGCUACUGCCGCGCGUCCAAGUGCCUCAAGCUGUAUUGUGCGUGCUUUGCCGCGGGCAAGCCGUGCGACGGCUGCAACUGCCAGGGCUGCCUGAACGUCGACGGCGGCGCGCAACGCGAAGCCGCGGUGAAAGCCACGCUCGCGCGGGACCCCGACGCCUUCGCGUCGCGCAAGACGAAGGGCCGCGCGUGCGCGUGCAAGCGGAGCCGCUGCCUGAAGCGCUACUGCGAGUGCUUCGAGGCGGGCCAGUUCUGCGCCGACGACUGCGUCUGCCUCGACUGCGAGAACACGGAGCGCGGCGCCGUCGGCCGCAGUCAACAAGCGCGCAAGCCGGACGCGGAGGUGCUCCGGGGCGCGUCGGCCAUGUGCUUCGUGCGGUCGUCGUCGCCGCCGCCGCCGCCUCCUUCCGUGACGCCGCCGGACGGGCGGGCGUCGUCUCCCCGAAAUGUGGUGGAGGGCGCGCCGAAGGUGCCCGGUUUGGAACGGAUCGUGUCGCUCGAGCGCGCGGCGUCGCUGCACCUCGACACGCUCGCGACGCUCGCGUCGAAGGGCUCGCCCUUGCAACCCUCCGUGACGCCGGACACGGUCGCGCAGCACUUCUCGGAGCCCAUCGCCGCGGAACGCGCCGUCGCCGUCUGA